AAUCAGCUGAAGUUGUAUGUUGUACUGCGCUCACGCGAAGAGAACCUUACGAGAACUCCAUUAUUAGAUUUUACAAUUUGACAAUUUCUGAAGUGACAAAAAUUAGUGGACAAAUGAUCUGUUUGUUAGUGAAAUAGAAUAUAAAAUUACAGUUACAAAAUAAUAUCUUAUGAAAAAAUUAACAAUCUAAUGCAGUCAUGGAAGACGCUGCCCAGGCAAUGACAACAAAUGCUAUUUCUUUUGAAGGAAGCUCUGCUGAAGAUUCUUCUAGAACCAAGGAGCUUGUGACACAAAUCGUGGGGACCUGGCGUGAACACUUUAGCAAGGGUAUAUUGAAUUCGGCCAGUUUUGAAGACUUAUGGAAGCUAUGGGUCCCAAAAAUUUACAGCCCAUCUCUAGAUGAAAGCUGUUUAAAUUGGAAUUUUAAUGAAGAAUUAGGACAAGAUAUAUUGAUAAACACCUUGGACAUAUUCGUAUAUAAUGGAGAUCCCGAGAUUGUGCUUCAGAAGAUUACUGAGAAACCCCCAUCAGUUUGCGGCAGAGUUUUCAAGCUGGGCGAACCCACGUAUUCCUGCAGAGAAUGCGGUAUGGACCCUACCUGUGUGUUAUGCGUCGAGUGUUUCAAGAACUCCGAACAUCGUAAUCACAAAUAUAAAAUGGGUACUUCUCGUGGUGCGGGAUGUUGUGAUUGUGGCGAUCGCGAAGCAUGGAAGAGAGAUCCUUUCUGUACCAUACAUAUGGCGGGACUAACGGAAGAAAACCAAAGCAAUGGUUUACCAGAAGAUAUGAAGGAGCGCGUCCGAAUUGUAUUCGAGACUGCCGUAUGGUACGCGUAUCGCAUGUUAAGUACCGAACAUAUUAAGGAUGUACGAUUAGGUGGAGCUGUCGAAAACUUUUUUGAUAUAGACACUUAUUGUACUAUACUCUAUAACGAUGAAAUACAUACUUUUGAACAGGUUAUUAGUACUUUAACGAAAGUUCUUAAAUGUAAUCAAAGAAGUUCAACAGAGUUUGUUACUAACAUUGACCGGGAAGGUAGAGCCAUCGUUAAAUGUUCAUCUUUUCAGCACUGUUGUGAUCUUAAACAAGAUAUCGAAAAGUUUACUUCCCGACACGGCAACAAACCUUUAAAGGUACUCGUUAACCAUGCGCAUCUUAUAUCUCACCAGAUAUUUGCGGGGAAGAUAUUAAAUUGGCUAGAAAAGGUCUUAAUACAAGGAGAAGGAUUCAGAGCCAUUUUUGCCGAUGUUGUGCUGAAACCGCAAAAUCCAGAGCCGUGUAUCAUAAAGGGCAUCCUACAAAAAGAUUUAAGUCUUUGGAAGAGCGCUAGGACCCAAUGGCAUCGUUUGUUAAUAUCAGGUAUGAUGCUUGAGUAUGAGAACAAAAAAGCGUUAGCUAAAAUAUUUACCAAAAACUAUGGACAAGUAAUGAAAGACUUUAUCAAAGACGAUCACGAUCAUACUUUCUCUAUAUCGUCUUUAUCGGUUCAGUUGUUUACUGUUCCCACCUUAGCACAUCAUCUAAUAGCUAACGAUGACAUACUAUAUAUACUUUUGAACACACUCAUCUCUGAAUGCAACAGAAAAUGUAACAAAGCUGGUAAAUUGGAGUUCGAGAGGAAUCCCUCUUGUCAGACCUUUAAAAGAGCUCUAUAUAUGUUAUAUGAUUUAAGGUACUUAUUGAGCGUCAUCCCAGAAACAUGGACUGAUGAUUUAAGAAGGAGCUUCUUACAUGGACUAUCUAUGAUGCUGUCACUUCUAACUAUGAUGCAAGGUAUGGAUGCUGUAACUCGUCAAGUAGGUCAGCAUAUGGAGUACGAACCAGAAUGGGAGUCAGGAUUUAAUCUACAUAUCAAAUUAGCCUACUGCAUCUCCUUGGCCGUAGAUUGGUGUGGAACCGACAAAAUCGUCUUAGUAAAGGCUUAUCGAGCCAUACUGAAAAAACUAGAGGAAAACCCAUGUUACGAACCCAGUGAGGCCGGUAAAGUUCGUGAACUAGCAGAUCACAGUACUGCCUGUUUACACUAUGAUGUUGCUUCCAAACCUGUAUCGAUACACCUGCCACUCACCAGAUUUUUGGCGGCUCUUCAUUUACACCUCGAAAAAUACAACCUACAUUUCGACAAAGCGGAAUUCCUAGUGCCCAAACCGACACCAGUCCAGAUAAUGGAACCAGUUCUGCGAGCCCAGGUGAUGAUCGCGCAAGUACACGCAGGCAUGUGGAGAAGGAAUGGCUACGCCCUGCUGAACACUCUGUUCUUUUACCACAACGUCAAGUGCAGAACCGAAAUGUUAGACCGGGAUAUCACUCUACUUCAAAUAGCCGCUUCUUUAAUUGAAAGCAACGAGUUCCUGAUUCAUAUUUUGAACAAGUUUAAUUUGAUUAAUUGGGCUAUGACUGAUUUCGAAAUUAACAGUUUAAAAUCUCCAGAAGAAGAUAGCAUUCGUCAGACCAUCAAUUUAGUUGAAGAGAUGUUGCAUGUGCUCAUAUUUAUCAUAGGAGAAAGGUAUAUGCCAGGAGUAAGCAACGUCACAGUAGAGGAUAGAAUACGGAAGGAGAUAAUCCAGUAUCUUUGUAUUAAACCGUUGCCACAUUCAGAGUUAGUAAAAACAAUUCCGGAAGAUUUGAUUUCUAGAGAAGUGGAAAUAGAUGAUAUCAUUCAAGAAUUGGCUAAUUUUAAGAAGCCUGCUCACGGAUCUGGAAAAGGAGUUUACGAAUUGAAAGAUCAGUACUACGAUGACUUCAACGUAUUUUUCUACCAUUACACCAGAGAAGAAUUGUCCAAAUCUGAAGAAGCGCAGAGAAAGAGACACAAGGCAAAAGGAGAAGUAGAAUGUUGUCCUCCACCCAAGUUACCCAAGCUGAAUGAAUCUUUCACACUAAUCGUAAACGUCUUACAAUGCGAUGUUAUGCUGCAUGUGAUGUCAAUUGUUUUGGAAAGGUGUAUCAACUUACGGGCUCGUAGUUUCUCAGAACAGCAACUCCACAAAGUGUUACAUCUCGUCGGCUACGCUCUUUUAGAAGAAGAAUCCAACAAUUAUCCCUUCUUUAAGUUUAUCGAAAAAUCCCAGAAGUUUAGAAUCUUUACUCUGAUGGAAGAGCUGUUAACGUGUCCGAGAGUUGAUUCGCAUAAAGGUUUAUUGCGUUGGACAUUGAACAAAUACAAACAGCUCACUGACAAGAAGGAUGAUACUUUGGAAGUGAACAAAGACGCUUCUACGUCUGAGAAGGUGGACAAUGAAAAGGAAAGAAGAGCUAAGUUGGCAGCAGAAAGACGAGCUAUAUUAAUGGCCCAGAUGCAGGUGAUGCAAAAGAAUUUUAUAAAAGAAAAUGCCAGUUUGUUUGAAGAAACUAGCACUGGCGAGUUUCAAAAACCGAGAACUUCUAGUCAAGUUGAAAUCAUGGACGUGACAGAACCGUCCGAGGAGCAGCCUAUCGCCCUUGGUCCUAGACAGUCACCAAGGUAUUCAGAAGAAAAAACUUACACUUGCAUCCUAUGUCAAGAAGAGGAAAAAAUAACUGCCAGUGGAAACACGAUGGUACUAGCAGCUUUUGUACAGCAAGCAACGGUAUUGUGCGAACACAAAACCAACGAAGCUAUGAUGGAUAUUAGCAAACAUGAUCCUUUAUAUCUGCACGCUAACUUGGGACCUGCACCUCAUACUAGUACUUGUGGUCACGUUAUGCACAGCGAGUGCUGGAGGAAGUACUUUGAUAUUAUCAUGAUUAGGGAACAUAGGCGACCAUACAGGUUGCGUCAUCCCGCUAGCUUUGACGUGGAUAAACAAGAAUUCCUCUGUCCUCUAUGCGAAUGUCUUAGCAACGCAGUCUUGCCACUAAUACCACCGCUGAACAUUUUACAGCCCACAAAACAAAUCGACAACAUCUCUUUUGAAAAUUGGCUCCACGGCAUCAAUCAUGUUUUAAAAAAUAAACAGACAACUUGCCACGGUUUGUUCACCUGUGAUUCGUCGGAGGAAUGUAAAAAUAAGCAUUGUAAGGACUGCUUAUAUACUUCUAACGGUAAUAUUGAACAUGAGGAGAAUGUAAAAUGUGAAGUCAACUGUACGUUGCAACCCCAUCAAGUUUUCUUCUCGUAUGAUUUCACAUCAGAUACACCUGAAGAAUUUAAACAGCUAUUCCCUGUAGAAUUCCCGAAAUUGGAGAGUAGUCAUGAGGAAAUGAUACAAGUUUUUGCACAGGUGGCUUACACCAGAGGACUGAACGUUAAUCCCCAUCCAUAUGAUAAACGUUUGGUACCGAUGUGUUGGAAAACGUUAGCAUACACAAUACACUCUAUAGAAGUACUUUUAAGAGAUGCACAGAAACCUCUAUUGGGCCACUUAUCCAGCAGACAGCGAGAUUGCAUUGAGAGUUUGGUGCGAAUAGUUGGAGUUUUAGGUAGUACAUGGAAAAGCAGCGCUUUUAUCAAUAGCCAUGCAGUUAGUCUUUUAUCUAUAUUAUUCGAAAACGGCAAUGAGGGGCCGUCGAUACUCCAAUGGGAUUCUUUCGGACUUUUAAUUAGCCUUACCUUUUCUUUACCUAGUCUUUCUUGUAGGAAUAGUAAGAAAACGCCCGUGCCAACAGGUGGCACAUCGGACUGGCAUCUUUUAAGAAUUAUAUUUAUAUCUCAUAUAGUUAAGAUAUUAAUAUUACUGCAAAAUGACGAUCUUUCCACUUCAAUGGACACGGACAUAGUGGGAAACGCGGAAAUUUUAAAAAUUUUAGACGGAAUGGGCAAAAACCUAGAUCACGUAAGCACUCACGAUGUAUGGGAACAUGUAAAAUACGCUUGUCAACCUUUUCUUAGAUGUUGUGUUCUCUUUUAUCACUACUUAACCGAUGUUAAAGCACCUGCCAAUCUUACAGAAUUUAACGAAGAUACUUUCAGCAUGAUGUGCGAUUAUUUGGACUUACCUCAAACCCCCAAAGAACUUUUCGACUCGGAAGUAGUAAUGGAUUUGGUAAGUCGGUGGUGUAAGCACGAGGAGGUUGUUUCGUAUAUAAAAGGUGCUCCGAUACAAGUUAUUCGUGAGCCGCUAUCAGUUCCUCGUCUAAUUAACCUCCCAAACGAUUACAGUGAACUUAUCAACACAGUUUCAAUGUUUACUUGUCCUAAUAGCGAUGAGGAUUCCAAGAACCCUUGCAUGUGUUUGGUAUGCGGGGAAAUACUAUGUUCACAAAGCUACUGUUGCCAAACUGAAUUAAACAAAAUGGCAGUGGGAGCUUGUAACUAUCACGCGAAUAAGUGUGGCGCUGGUAUUGGCAUUUUAUUGCGGGUUCGAGAAUGCGAGAUUCUUUAUUUGGCCGCGCCACAUAGAGGAUGUUUAAUAUCUCCACCUUAUUUGGAUGAUUACGGAGAGACAGAUCAAGGACUACGAAGGGGUAAUCCGUUGCGUCUGUGCCCCGAAAGGUACAAGAAACUUCAGACGUUAUGGCUCAGUCACAGUAUUCACGAAGAAAUAGCGCGUUCUAUAGAAACUAGCAAUCAUAUUAUAUCUAUCCAAUGGAAUCUUCUGUAGGUGACUUUUAAAAUGAAUUGUGAUUUAAUGAACUUAAGUAACGAGAAAAAUAUAUGAAUCAAUUUUAAAAUCAGUCGAUCUCUAAAGAGUCAGCGAUGUUUUUAAUUUUACUUUUUUUAGAUCAUGUAGGUACUUAUCAGAGAUAUUCACCAAAAGCUCUCUCUUUCUCGUUGGAAAGAAAAAAAUAUUUAUUUAUUCGAAAAUUGAGUAAAAGAGUACUGUUGUAUUAUAUAUAAUUAUAAUAUUAAAAUGUUUAUAAAUCUUA